AUUAUGUUAAGUUAAAGCGGGUCGGGUAGCGUGCGCGGCCAAGAGACGAGCUUUGUGAAGGUAGCCUAAUCAAGUUCUAGCCUAGUUGAGAGCUCGCUUGGAUGAUCUACUUUUUACCAAUUCUGUUGACAGGUUUUGACCAAGUUUACAAAUAACUGAAGUUCGUUGGCGUAAAAAUAGAUACUCAAGGCAGCACUGAUGGAUUUCGAUUCGUCGUCCAAGUUUAUAUCAUCCCUUGCAAAGUUUUUACAGUCUCUUUGCAAUGGAUAUGUUGAGUUUGACAAUGGUGUGGAAGUGAUUGGCCAUAUAUAUCUCAAUGUUGAUACGGGGAAGAAAAUAGACUACAUUCUCAAUGAAAAAGUUUGCAAAACGGAUGAAAAUUCUGUCACGUUUAUUAGCAACAGUUUCCAUGCUCAACCUGCAGAGAAACCCAAGCCUGCUCCAAAAAAUCUCAAAUCAACUGAUCAGGACAAGCCAUCUGAUCCAGGAGGCUUGCCUGGUGAUGAUGAUGAAAUAAUGAUUCUUGAUGAUGCAGAGGCCAGGAAUGUUGCAUUAGAGUUAAGAGAAGGUCCAGCUUCAAGUCCCCACUCAAAAACUGUCCGUCCUCCAAAUGCAUCAAAACGAUCGUACAGCCAAAGUUUUGCAAGUCAAAAACAUUUGGCAAAACACAGUCGAGCUGACCCUUCAUCUACACAAAGUCCAAAUGGUGCUCAUCAUGAUUCUGAUUCAAUACAUUCUGAAAGAAGCAAUUCCUCUACAAACUUUAUCUCAUCACAACUCCCACAAGAAUCAUUGACUUCAGAAUCUGAUCCUUCACAGUUACCUAGUGUCUUUCCACAUACUUUUGGUGACUCUUCCAACAAUCAGGGAUCUACAGGCAAAGAUAUAAAACAAGAACCUAGCAAUGAUAUGAAUUUGUUGCAUGUGAAACAAGAAUAUGAUCCAUCAGGGCAGGAGGAAGAGCACGAAGCAUAUGGUGACUCUCAAGAUCAAAGUUUGUACAGUGGUUUAUAUGAUGAACAGUAUUAUCCUGGUGCUAGGAGGGGUCAGUCACAGAGAGUAGACUUUAAUCAGUCUGGUUCUGUUGAUCAAGGUGAACUCUUCCCGGGCGCAGCUGGUACUUCAGGCGAUGUUGGAGAUGCUUCAGGUUGUGGACAAGAUUUUGACAAUGAUCAACCACUUAGAAAUGUGGGCUUCAGAUGCCCAGUGUUACAGUGCCAGAAAGUCCAGUACAAGGAUGUGAACAAAUUGCGGAGACACUGGACGGAGAAGCACGUAAAUUUUGUGCCCACAUUUUCCUGUGGAGACUGUGGCAUCAGUUACCAGCGAAAGUACAGGCUACUGCGACAUGGUUAUGCUCAGCAUGGCUGGGUGCAGGGGGAUGGUCACAUGCAAGAUAAAGUGUUUGAAAGCAUCCAGGAGAAUAAAGGUUAUAUUGACCCAGGACCUGUGAGUUGGAGUGACGCAGCCGUUUUCAGCUACAGACUGUUCGUUGAAGACCAAUAACAGUCAAAACAGAUGUCUUGUCAGCUUUUUUUUUCUUUUUGCACUUACAUGUAAAUUUUAUGGUGCGCACACUAAUGAGGUUCCAUUCACUUUGAAUGCAAGGAAACUUGUACUAUAAUUUGAUGUGUGACUUAUUCUUAAUCAACUUUCAGUCUUGCUGAUACAUUCCCCAGAAUUUGUGUCAUGUAUGUCAGUUUUGGCCAGAAUGAAGAUGAUGUUGUUUUAAUGUUCUGAGUAAUCUGAGCAGCUCAUGGACUUUGCUCGACAAUUUGUUGACAUUUUUUUAUAACUGGGGAAAAGUUGAUUUUUCUGAAUAGUAGUAUUCCAAAAGAAAUUUAGUUUUCAGACGUUACAAUGUUGUCCUGUUUUAUCUGCAUUUUGGCUCUGUUGUACUUGCCUUUUCUGUUGUUAUUUUUCGUUUUCACCUUGUGUGGACACCCCUUGUCCUUUUGUUCAAUGAUUGAAAGUAUGAAACAAUGCAGUGUACAAUCCUAGGGGGGAUUAAGAGGGUACUUUUGCUUCUUAGAGUAGUUUUCACCAGUCUGAUUUUUUAGGUACACCUUGUAUGCGCUGUGAUUUUUUUUUUUACAGUGCUCAUCAACAGUUGUUUUCCCAUGAAUCUAACAACCAGUUGCUUUUUUCUGCUUUAUUGGCCAUAUUUCUUGUUUCAAGUACUAUUUUGGCUGAAGUAUGAGGUUGUUCCCCAUUAUCAAUAUUGAUUUUAAUCCUCACUUUCUGCCUCGACUGGCUGCUCAAGAAGGUGUUAAUGCAUCUUGCGUCUCUGUCUGCAGGACGAGCUGUUGGUCACAGGCGUUUAAGAUUCGCCUGCCCCGUGCCCCGAUGCUAUAACAGCACCUACAUUGAUCGUCUAAAAUUCAAACGUCACUGGAGGGAGAAGCAUGAAAAGUUUGCACUAGUCUAUCCUUGUAGUAUCUGUGGCCUGUCUUACUCACGUAGAGAGUCUCUGCACCGACAUCUUCGUGUUAAGCACGGAUUUGAUGGAGAGGCAUCAGCCUUGGCAGACAGUGCCCCAUCUACGUAUCAGGAGAACAAGUUCUAUGUGGAUCCGUCACCGUUUACUCUAGAUGUGAUUAUGAAAACGUCUGGCUCUCUCACACUGUGAUUGUAGGAAUGGCUGCGAUGACUGGGAGUUACCACAUUUGGGAUUGUUGAUUUUGUAAAAGGGUAUCAUUCUUUUGAAAACUAUUUCAAACUGCUUUCUUUUAUGAUUCAGUUCUGGGCAAUUUUUGACUUUAAUUUUGAUAGUUAGCUUGCCUGUUUCCCAUAAGCUUAUUUUUUGAGAAAAGGAUAGGGUUUAUCGUCUUUCUAUACCACAUUUGAUUUAUUUUUCUGUUAUGUAAAUCUGUAUGUUUCUAUGACAUACAUCUCUAUUGUGUGCUAAUAUUUGUUCUAGCUUGUUCACUUUCAGUGUUAAAAAAAAGUCCCUGUCCUAUGCCCACGAAGCUUUGUAUGGCACUUCUGUAGGCCAAACAAAAUUAUUUUGUUCAAAAGAAUGUUGGUCCAGUAAAUAUAAAGUUUCUCUAUUUGGGCCUUAUUUUGAAAACCACCAUUGGACGGAGAAGCACUCAUUUUGAGACAGUGACAUCACCCUGCCCCUACAUUUCAGGCUAAGCUUGUAGAUUUCAUCCCACAAAUAUUUAAACAUCUCCACAUGAGUCUUGAAAAGUACUCACCCUUCUGUUGGACCAUAUUUCAUAGACCUGCGUUUAAAGUGUGGUGUUGAUGAAAAUAGGUCAUCUUUUUCAUGUUUUAGGUGCAUGCUGUAAAUCCUUUAGUUUUCAGUGACCCUCAUGAAUGGGCUUUUAGAUUCUGUUGGUCAUUCAAAACCCAUGUGCAAAUAUCUGACAAGACUAAACAGAGACAUUUGAUUUUAUCUUGUUUUAACCUUGGGCAGACGAAAGUGAACAGGCUAUUGUGAUGUUCAAACACAUAAAGGAGAAAGUUUGGUGUUGAGCUGACUAAACUCAAAACAACUGUUAUUUCAAUAACUUGUCUCAAAUUUUGCUACUUGUACAUGUACCUUCAUUCACAAGACAUUCAUUUUUUUAAAAAGCUUUCAAAGAAACACGGAUACCCUGUCUAAUUGGUGAUUGUUGUUACACAUGUCCUGGUUUCAAGAUCCAAAUUUGAACAUGCUAACAGUUUUAUACACUGUUUAUUUGAUUCAGAAGUUUGUCAAGAAUUGAGCUGCCUCACUACAAUCAGUCAUAAUAGGUUGGGUGUGUGUCUUUGUUUGAUUAGGUUUUCUAGGGGUCCAGUUGGAUCUGUAAAACAUGAUUAAUGGCAAAGAAUGGUUUAUAUACAACUUAAAUAAGUAGUUCAUAAAUUCCAUCCAUAUGAUCUGACCCAUUAUUUAAGGAAUACUUAUAAUAUAUAUUAUAUAUAUAUAUAGAUAUGGUUUGCUUUUUUUUAUCAGCACUGUUUUUUUAUGCCAAGUUGUCCCAUUUUCAUAGAUUGCCGAUGAAAUUUCCCUUUGUAACUACUGAAUUUUAAAAAAAUGUAUACUUGCUUUUUUGACUGGGUCAAAUUUGUGCCUGUUAUAUGAUACGGAUGAAGAAUUAUAUGCUUCUUGAAAUAAAUUUUUUAAAGAAAAACAA